AACCACAUCACCCUAGCCACCGUCUCGUUCUCAGCCAAACAACACCUCUCUCCUCAAAUGAUGUAGACAGCCAUGAUCAAUCGCCCCCAGCAAAUAGAUUUUGCACCCAAUACCACCUUCUGAAAAACCCUAAUUCAUUGACCUAUCUUUGAUUCCACACCAAUUUCUCAGUUUCAAUUGGGGCAUUUCCACCUUAUAAUUUCACCGAUAGUCGGAAAAUAAAAUGGAUUCGGACUUAGAAGAUUUUGUUUUCUAUGGAACGCCGAUUGAGCGUGAGGAAGACUCGACCAGUCGCAAAAAGAAAGCCAUUGCUGAGUCCGCCGGUCAACUCCGAACUCUCCCUGCUUGGAAGCAAGAGGUUAGAGAUGAUGAAGGGAGGAGAAGAUUCCAUGGUGCAUUUACAGGAGGUUUCUCUGCCGGUUACUAUAAUACAGUGGGCUCUAAGGAAGGGUGGGCACCACAGACUUUUAAAUCGUCCAGGAAGAGCAGAGCUGAAUUUAAAGAGCAGAGCAUAUUGAAUUUUCUAGAUGAAGAUGAGAAAGCUGAUCUGGAAGGUCAGUUUUUGGGGACAUCUUCACAGUUCGACACAUUUGGUUUCACAGCUGCUGAAAUUGCUCGGAAUCAAGCUGAGAAGGAACAGAAACAGAGGCCAUCCGUAAUUCCUGGACCUGCUCCUGAUGAAUUAGUUAUUCCAGCCACAGAGUCUAUAGGGGUAAAACUGCUGUUGAAGAUGGGAUGGAGUCGUGGUCGCUCAAUUAAGGAUUCACAUGCUGAUUCCCUCUACGAUGCUAGAAGACAGGCCCGGAGAGCUUUCUUAGCAUUUUCUUCAAAUGAUACAAAAGUGAAAGUUUCCGAGUCUGAGCCUACCCAGGAUGAUAAUGAAAACUUUCCUGAGCAGCCUGUGGAUGAUAAUGUUCAGUCUUCUAAGAGCACACCGGUUUACGUACUCAACCCAAAGCAAGACCUCUAUGGAUUAGGUUUUGAUCCUUAUAAGCAUGCUCCUGAGUUUAGAGAGAAAAAAAGGUCACGCCUAUCCAGCAAAACGGGAUCUGGGCACAGCAAAAACUUUUCCACAAGAGACAGUCUUUUUGGUUUUAAGUCAGGAAAGGCUGCCCCUGGUUUUGGCAUUGGUGCACUUGAGGAACUUGAUGCCGAGGAUGAGGAUGUCUAUGCCACUGGUUAUGAAUUUGAAGAAACUUAUGUUCAGGAAGAGGUUGAAGAACCUGCAAAGUUGACCCUAGAAAAUCAGAAAAAGAAAGAUCAAAAGGACAAGGAUAAUCUGCCUGGUUUUAGAGUGGCAUCUAAUUCUGACUAUAAAAUGGAAAGAUUUGAGGCUCCUCGGAUUCCUAAGGAUUUUGUGCCCCGCCAUGCAUUUUCUGGACCUCUUGAGAUUAACCGCCAGAACUAUGAGGUCCCUCCAUCAGAUGUUCCUCCUCCCGAAGAUAGCAAUUUAAAACUAUUAAUUGAGGGGGUUGCAAAUCUGGUAGCUAAAUGUGGUAAGUUAUAUGAGGAUCUAUCUAGAGAAAAAAAUCGGUCAAAUCCAUUGUUUAACUUUCUUUCUGGAGGAACUGGCCACGAUUAUUAUGCUAGGAAACUGUGGGAGGCACAACAGAAGAGCAAUGAUCAAACUAGAGUGCAGUUGGAUGGAAAAAUGCCUCCUUGUGUGCAGAAGCUGACAGCUGAGAGCCGAGGUCAGAUCUUAGGGGAAAAACCUCUACAGAAAACUUCUGAACCAUCCUCAUCGGUUUCUUCUACAGAUAUUCAGCUCCAAUAUAAUCUUAUAGAUACGUUUACCAAAUCUGCAUCAUUUAGUGAUUUAUCAGAAUUUGAAAAGCCUUUCAAGGCUGAUCCUGCAAAGCAAGAAAGGUUUGAACAGUUUAUCAAGGAAAAGUAUAAAGGGGGAUUACGGUCUGGAAGUUCGAGUUUAGCUGGGAACAUGUCGGAAGAUGCUCGUGCACAAGAGAGACUAUCUUUUGAAGCUGCAGCUGAGGCAAUAGAAAAGAGGAAACAGGGUAGGGGAAGCAAGCUUUCAAUUCCAUCUUCCACGGAUUUCAUCACAGGUGGUGUGAUGGAGUUUACAACUGGUGCAGUUGAGCCAACAAAAGACCAGCCAGAUGUAGAUUUUAAGGGGAAGAAAAUGUACCCAAAAAGGGAAGAGUUUCAAUGGCGGCCUUCACCUCUUCUCUGCAAACGCUUUGAUCUCAUUGAUCCUUAUAUGGGGAAGCCUGCACCUGCUCCACGGAUUAGGAGUAAGAUAGAUUCAUUGAUUUUUACAUCAGAUUCAGUCAAGGGUACCAAAGUGGAAGAGCAUAUGAUUGCAAUGAAAGACAUCUCACCCUUGCAACAAUCUGCUAAUAAAGACAUAAACAAAAGUAUGGCUGAAAAUGAAACUGAAGAGGAAGUGAAAGUGGAAGUUGAAAAUGUUGAAAGGCCGGUUGACCUUUACAAGGCUAUUUUCUCUGAUGAUUCAGAUGACGAAGGGGAAGACCCUUAUAUUAAGAAAGUGGAGAAUCAAGAAAAGAAAGCUGAAGUAGCUAACACAGCAUUGAGCCGUUUGAUUGCUGGUGACUUUCUGGAAUCUUUGGGCAAGGAACUAGGAGUCGAGGUUCCUCCUGAUACACCUUACCCCACACAAAAAUCAGGCAAAGAUGCUACUAAUGCUAAUGAAUAUGCAAAACCUGACACCUCGAACGGCGAAAACAACAGUGUGGUGUCAUUGAAACAUGAUUUGUCACACGAUCAGCACAUUGCUCAUGAGGGUGGACACUCAAAAGGUGACAUCAGUUAUGGAAAUAAGCUCGAGAUUCAUAGCAUUAAAACCAAGGGAACUAGUAUCUCUGAUAAUAAAUCAAGUAAGUCUAAUGGAGAGAAGUCUGAAGAUGAUAGGAAAGUUAAAUCACCUUUAGUCAGCAACCAAGGUUAUAUCAGCAGUUCAGAGGAUGAAAGGAGUAGAAAGCGCACCAGUAAGUAUAACAGGGAAAAAUAUGAGUACAGGAAAACUAAAACACCAUCAACAGACCGCCUAGAUUAUAGAAGCAGUUCAUUGUCGGAAGAUGAAAGAAGCAGAAAACGCUCCAGGCAUCAUCGACAUAGGAGGCGUGAUACCGGAAGUGAUUCGUCCAGUGAUGAUGAAAGAGAUCGACACAAUUCAAGGUCAAAAGGGAGAAGAAGGGAAAAGUCUUCUCGAGAAAAAAGCAGUGGAAGUAAGAAACAUUCAAAACAUCACAAGCACAGAAAGCAUGAAUCUCCAAGUAGAUCCUCUCAUUAUAGCAUGGAGAAGGAUGAUGCACAUUCCAGAAAAGAGAAAAGACGAAGGGAAUGAGCGAGGUACCUGUUUACUUUUCCUUUGUUCUCUGUAACUUUGGAGUUUUGUUGGAGGAUAGUUGCUGUAUUGAAAGAUGUGCGUUUUGGGGUUGUGACGCUGAGCUAAACUCAAGCCUCCUAUUGUAAUGGGAUAUUAUAAAGUAUAAUCAUAGAUCAGAUGGAUUUUCAAUAAUCCUAGUUAACACAAUGCAGAAUCGAAGUGGUUCAACAUAUGCUAUAGAAUUGUGAAGUGGCACAACCCCAAACUAACAAUCAGUAAUGUAAUUUAGUAUUUUAUUUAUUCAUAUGAACAUUACUGGUGAUUUUGGGUACCUUUUUACACUUUAACUAAAGGCUUCUCCGCAUUCUGCAAGGCAAGCAAAUUUUGUGAAUUGAAAAGAAAUUUAAAUACCUUACAAUGUAGUUUUUACA